AUGGGUAACGAAUUUUCUUCACAUCAUGAAAACGUUGACAUAACGGCGAGCGCUCAUAACUCGACGAGUUGUAGUUUAACAACGGCACCCUUGGUGUCAUUGUGCGAACAAUCGAGGAUCCAAUGUACAAACAAUAACAACAACAAUAAUUCAUCGAACCUUUCACCCAUCAAUGAAAAUGUAGAUAUUUGCUUCAUAUGUUCUGAUCCGAUAGAAAUUUAUUCGCUUUCUCAAUGUAAUCAUCGAACUUGUCAUUUAUGCACAUUACGAACAAGAGCUUUACUUGAAUCUGACAAGUGCGCAUAUUGUAGGACUCAACAAGACGAAGUUUUGUUUACACGGGAUUCAAAGAGAUCUUUCCAAGAACUAAAAUCCUCAUCAAUCAGAUGGAUAACAAUCUCUGAGAUUAACAUUCUAUGCGAAAAUACAUCGAUUUAUCAUUCGACAUCUAGAAUGAUGGAAUUUCAGUGCCCAUCCAAGAAUUGUAACAUCAUAUGUAAUGACUGGCAUGGCUUGGUAUAUCACGUACGGAUCGCUCAUAAUAAAAUGUUUUGCAAUAUGUGUAUAGUUAAUCGAAAGAUAUUUUCAAUUGAGCAUCAAUUAUUUACACGAGAGGAACUCAUAAAUCAUUAUAAUGGCAACAACUCGACGAAUUCAACGGCAGAUUCUUACUUUAAAGGACAUCCUUCUUGCGCGGAAUGUAAUAUUCACUUUUUCGAUUCAACCGAACUAUACGAUCAUUAUGUAAUUCAUCAUCAAUUCGUUCCCAACUCAAAUUUAUUACGACAAUCACACACGUCCUCUCAUAAUGUUCAACAGCAUAUAUUAACAAACACAACAACAAACGUUACGACACAUGAACAUGUUGAUCGACAUUUAAUAGAAGCAAGUGAUAUUGACAUACCACUGUUGAUAAUAUUUGUGAUAUCAGGACUGGUUAGCGUUAUUGGAAACAUUACGAUACCUGGGUGUCAUGAUUUCGAAAGAUUCUUUCAUUCGCUCGAAAAUCUUUUUGUGACAUUAAUGAAUUAUGACGAUGUUAAUAACGAACAAAGUUUUGAAAUCAUAUUGAGGAAUAUGGCGAGUUCAUUGUAUAUGGUUGGGGGAAGAUGCGUAAUGUUGGUCAUGUAUUUAAUGAUAAUAUUUUGGGUGUUGAAAGGGUGGUUCUUUAUAAUGAGUUGGGUACUUUAUGGGAUGUGUUUAAUGAUGUUUGGAAAAAUUUGUUGGGAAAAUUUAUCAAGGUCUUUAAUCUCUCGAAAUUAA